UCGAUAACAACUACUGGAUCGAUAAGAUCCGUAUUGAUCCAUACAAGUGUAUACCGGCAAAGUAUUAGUUAUUACAAUUAUUAUUAUUAAACGUCGCUAUCAUGCACAUUUAAACGCAUGCUUGCAGACCUGAAUAACUGAUAAUCGUGACGCGUUAAAAUGCAAGAUAAAGCGAUAAUCCUGAUGGAAUCGCGUCGUAAUAGACGUCCAUUUCAGCGAAAAUGAUCGAAUCGCGUUGUUAGUGGGACACCAGACCCCAGCAGGAAAACUUCUGACACGAGGAUUUUAAGAAUCUUUGCUUCAUGAAACGAUUACUGUUAUUCGUCGUGAUUCACGCGAUCCUGAGACCUGUUCGAUCGGCGAACGGUGUGAUAUGGAACAAGAGGAUCCAAAAUUUCGUGCCGAUCUUCAGUGUUCCCGUUUUCGCGUCGAUAAAUCGGGAGAAGUUCGAUCGGAGUCGAGCAGAGGAGACGCACAACUUUCAGGGGCAGAUCGUUACGUUUACUUAUUACAAGUUGAGCAACGUCGUCUUUCCCGAAGCAAAUGGAACGCAAGUCGACGGAAGAAUCGGCAAAAUCUGGAAUAUUUUGGCGGAGUAUUUGAAUUUCACAUUGAAGCCAAUUAUCACGAACUAUCAUACUAUGGGACACCUGAACCCUAACGGCACUCUCACGCCUGGCUUGUUGGCUAUUCUAAAUAAUAACGAAACGGACGUGAUAGCAAGGAUGGGGAUCCACGCGGAGCGAUUCAGGAUCGGCCAGUUCUCGUUUCCUUUAUGGAAAACCAGCCACUACCUGUACAUUCAACCAGAAAUGAAACAUGACUCCGCAUGGAUGGCGAAACUAUUCACGCGACAGACUUGGUUCGCGAUUCUGGUCACGUAUUUACUGCUGAGCUUCUGCGGAUAUCUGGCCCAACUGAUGGACUCGAAUACCACGCGUGAGGAAUUAAGGGACACCUGGUACGAUCAUCUGUUCUACAACUUUAGCCUGAUCUGCAACCAAUUGGACGUACCGAGUACUUUGAACAAAAAUUCGGUGUUUAUAUUGUUUUGGUCGGGUGUAUUCUCUUCUUUACUGAGAACGGCUUUCAGCGCACUUUUGUUAGUCUACUUGAAACAAACUAUCACGCAUCCGCCUUUCUACGACAUGGAAACUUUGGUGAGAGAUACUUCGUACACUGUUCUCGCUGAAAAAGGUACUCGACAGAGUAUAACACUUCAGUAUAGCAAUUAUUCUGUCUACCUAAAAUUACGCGAAAGGAAUCAAGUAAAGCACAUGGACGAUCGAACGGAGAUGUACAAACUGGCGUGCUCGACAAAAAAUAAAUAUGCGGUGUAUCAGAGCGAAGACGUAAAACAGACUAGUGGGGAGCCUUUCUGCCAACUAAAUCCCGUACGAAACGUCGAAGAAGAAGAAUGGAUUUCCUCCGGCAUUUCGUGGAACUUCAAAUACAAAAGAUCUAUCGACAUUGCGCUACUGAAACUGGAAGAAGUCGGUCUCAUGGCAGGUGGGACGCGUUAUUGGACGAAAUGGAAACCGUUGACAGAAGAUGCAUCAGACGAUGCUGACGAUCGUCCAAUAAACAUGCAACAAAUCGCUCUAAUCCUUUCGAUAUUAGGCUAUGCGUCGGCCACAUCUUUCGUUCUUUUUGUAUUUGAAAUCCUGAUAUUUUACUAUAGAAAUUAA